GUGCCUGUCCAGAGCCGACACUCUCUCCUCUCCCGCUCCAGGCCGCGCCCUCGCCGCCGCGGGUGGUGGGCAGCAGGUACUCGCUCACCCACACGUCCGGGUCGUCCUCCCGCCCGCUGUCGGUCCCCUAUGCGCGAGCAGCGCCGGAUCAACGGGCCCGUGGUUGCCGCCGGCGAAGAAGGCCAGGAUCCGGCGCCGCGACGCCGACGGCCCGCCUACCUGCCGCUCCACAGCGUCGCUCUGCAGGUUGAUCUCCGGCAGCGACACGUCCUUGGCGCAGGCGAGGUCACUGGUCCGCAGCCGGAUCGCCGUCUCCAUGGCGUGGAUGAACCUGCCCUCCAUCGAGUAGAUGCUGCGGCAGGGACCAUCGUGGAACACUGGCGGCUCACCUUCCUCGUACACGUACACCUUCAACUGCUUCUUCAUUUCAAGGUUGAAGGCCUUGGGAAAAUUACUCCGAAUGAAUUUACAGCUGCCAUCCUAGACUUGAAAAUUACGUGUUAAGCUGCACCUUUGUCGUCAUCUAUUUGUUAGUUUUCUACUAAAAUUGUAUAUUCAUUGCCUUCAAUGUAUGGAUUACUAUCUAGUGUGAAAAAUAAUUAAAAGGCAAUUUUAGUUGUAUCUACAUAGCUGCCAGAGCAAGUUGCAUCAGUUCUUCAAAUAUAUUUGUCAUAUUUUGACAAAAAGGAAGUAUAUAUGCCAAGGUAUGCAUACAAUGUGUUAAAUAGUUAUUUUUACUUUAGCAAUUAUAUGGUAAUAAAUGAUAACCUGAUCUGAAAUUAACUGGAUUCACAUGUUUACUUUUUGACACAUGUUUCUUUGAGGUAUACUUACUGGAUUCACAAGUAGUAAAUUAGUUUUCCAUUAACUGUUUUCCUCUCACUGUUUCUCUGCAUAAUGAAUAUAUUUUUGCUAAUUGCCUUAUACUAAAAUUAAUUAGAAUGCACUUGUACUUGGUUCUUGUUCUGAACAAUAUAUGUCCUCCUUGCAACCUAGUUUUGAUUUUUAAGAGAUAAGUUUUGAUUUUUUAAGAGAUAAUUGUGUACCGCCAGCAGGAUUUGGUCGCUGGAGAUCUGCUGUUGAGUUCUCAUUUCUUUGCGCCUCUGAACACAGGAAGCCAAAGAUCUGCUGUUGCUAGAGCUGAGCCAGAUGUAGGAGGAGGACACCAUUGAUCUUCUACAAGCCUGAGCUUGUAAGGCAAGGAUCAUAUUUCUUGCUCUUUGAUGAUGGAUUUUGAUUGCAGUUCUAGCUAGCUAGUAUAUUAGAUUUUUUUAUGGAUUUUUAGAUCUGUAGAAAGAGUGUAAUUUGUGGAUUUGACAAACUUGUGAAGCUUGUUAUGAUAGAACUUUUGAAUUUGUAAAUUUGAUGAUGGAACUUGAAUUUGAUGUUUGUGCUGUGAUGUAGUCAGAUUUGAUAUUAUAUAUAUAUAUAUGUUGUGCUGCUCUA